AUGGCAGGUGGAGCAGAGAGUAAUUAUCGUAUGCUAAUUCUUCUCGAAGAAGGCAUGGAAAAUUUGGAUGAAGAGCAAACACAACAAGAUAGAACUGAAGAACCAAAGGAAUCUAAAAAGAUGCAUGAAUUCGUUGACGAAUUAGUAUUGCCAUUUCAGGUAGAUGAGAUUGACUCUUUGAACGAUUGGUUUGAUAAAUUUGAUGAAGAAAUUUGCAUACCGAAUGAAGGUCACAUUAAGUAUGAAAUCACUAGCGAUGGUAUUAUUGUAUUGAUCCUAGAUAAGGAAAUAGAAAACGUUUUGGACAAAGUAAAAGAAUUUGUUCAAUCUAAUCAUGACUCCAAAUAA